AUGUGGGAGCCGGAGGGCCGCAGCGCGGCCCCCGAGGACGAGGAGGAUGCGCUGUUGGGCACCCACCAGCCGCCCAGCCCUUCCAGCACCUCGUCCUUCGUCUGGCGCCACUGCGCAGAGAUCGUCGCUGCCUGCGCCUUCCUCUGCGGCAUCAGCGCCGGCGCGACCCUCGUGGCGAGCCUGCGCUCGCCCCGGGCGCCCCGCGCGCGGGAGGACCUCCCGCGGCCGCUCCACAAGGCGGCGCCCGCCCGCGGCCGCACGCACGCCCGCGGCCUGCUGCGGAGAGGCCCGCGGCGAGCCGGCGGCGCCGCCGCCCCCGGCGGCCAGGUCGCCGCCGCCUCGGCGGUCGCCGUGCGGCGAGCCGCUCGUCGGGGCUCCUGA